GGACAAGGCUUCAAUGGAUCCAGUUGUAGCCUUGGUGCUGUGUCUCUCCUGUUUGCUUCUCCUGUCAUUAUGGAGACAGAGAUCUGGGAGAGGGAAACUCCCACCAGGACCCAUGCCUCUCCCAAUUCUUGGGAAUAUCCUGCAGAUAGAUACUAAAAACAUCAGCAAAUCCUUAACCGAUUUGUCAAAAGCCUAUGGCCCUGUGUUCACUGUGUAUUUGGGUUUGAGACCCACUGUGGUGUUGCAUGGCUAUGAAGCUGUGAAGGAAGCCCUGAUUGAUCAUGGGGAAGUAUUUUCUGGAAGAGGCAGUUUCCCUGUGGGUGAUAGAGUUACUAAAGGAUUUGGAAUCAUUUUUAGUACUGGAAGCAGAUGGAAAGUGAUGAGGCGCUUCUCACUCAUGACCCUGAGGAAUUUUGGGAUGGGGAAGAGGAGCAUUGAGGACCGAGUUCAAGAGGAAGCCCGCUGCCUUAUGGAGGAGUUGAGGAAAACUGAGUCCUCACCCUGUGAUCCUACUUUUCUCCUGGGCUGUGCUCCCUGCAAUGUGAUCUGCUCCAUUAUUUUCAAUAAUCGCUUUAAUUAUAAAGAUCAGCAUUUUCUAAAGUUUAUGAGGAAAGUAGAUGAAAAUGUGCAGAUUCUGAGUUCCCCAUGGAUCCAGGUCUGCAACAAUUUUCCUGAAAAGGGCAAUCCACAGACUGAAUUUACCACUGAAGCCUUAAUAAACAUUGUUAAUGAUCUGUUUGGAGCUGGAACMGAGACAACAAGCACUACUCUGAGAUAUGGACUCCUGCUCCUGUUGAAGCACACAGAGGUCACAGAGUACAAAUGCAAAUUACUUCUUCUAAAGUGUGAGAAGAGGAAUAGAGGAAACAGGCAACAAACCUUCAACAACUUUCUGAAGCAUAGAGGGCAGAAGAAAGGAAUACAACUUGGCAGAGAGUUUCAAACUGUAGCCUGUAUGUCAGAAGAAGAAGUUGGUACAACCAUAAUWACAUCACUGACAUCUGUGCUGCAUGACAGCAAAGAAUUCCCCAAUCCAGAAAAGUUUGACCCUGGCCAUUUCCUGGAUAAGAGUGGCAAAUUCAAGAAGAGUGACUACUUCAUGCCUUUCUCGACAGGAAAACGGAUUUGUGCRGGAGAAGGUCUGGCCCGCAUGGAACUGUUUAUAUUCUUGACCACCAUUUUACAGAACUUUCGCCUGAAAUCUGUGGUUGACCCAAAGGAUCUUGAUACCACCCCAGUUUUCAAUGGAUUWRUCUCUGUGCCACMUGCMUACCGAAUCUGCUUCAUUCCUGUCUGAAGAAGUGCAAUCUGUCUGGCUGCUGCUGUGCUGUCSUCUGGAAAUCUUCUCUUUGGGGUUCUUCYUCCUCCUCCUCUACAKGCUUGUCUUCUCUGACCUGCUUCUCACCACYCUAUUUCUUUGAAUUUCAGUGAACAUCCAACCCCACUGGAGAGAGUUUCCUAAGUUUCCACAAAUGCAUGCUUCCUAUUCACAUAUUGUAACACUUGCAUUAGCCGCUCUAUAUUUUAACAGUCUUGUGAGUUUUUACUAUGGCAUCACUGUUAAACCAAUGAAAGCCUGGGGGUAAUCAUGUGAAGUGAAAUAAGUCAGGCAUAGCAAGAUCAAGCCACACGUUUCACUUUUAUGUGUAAUACAAAAAAAGUCACACUCUUAGUGAUAAGUAAUUGUUAUAAGAAUUUGGGAAGGGGUGACAAUGUGAGUGGAUGGGGAAAGAAGUUAGUUAAAUAAAGCGUGAUAAAGUGGUCCAUGCAUGUAAUCCCAUUGACUGGGCAGUCUGAGGUGGAAUGAUUGCAAUGAUAGCCAGCCUCAGCAAUUUAGGUAGGUCCUAACAUCUAAGAGUGAUCCUGUCUUAAAAUUAUAUAUAACAAGUG